AUGGCUCUGGCCGGAUGCGAUACAACGCAAGAGGCCAUCGAAAUCAUGGCCGUGGUGCUGACAUCCUUAAAAAAUCGAGUGAGAACCAUCAAAAUAAAUCGCCCGAAAGUAAAAAACGCCUUCAACGACCAAGUAUACAAAGCCAUAACGAAAAUACUAAACGAAGACUCCGAUAACAAUCAAGUAGUCGUCACGAUUCUCACCGGAUCGGGUGACUAUUUCACCAGCGGUAACGAUUUGAAGAGCUCGUUCGAAACGGCGGGGUCCCAGGACAACUUCCGAAUCGUAUCGGACAUGAUCGAAGCCCUAAUCGACUACCCCAAAUUAUUGAUAAGCGUCGUAAACGGUCCGGCUAUCGGUAUCGGAGCCACUUUGUUGACGUUGUGCGAUAUAGUUUAUUGUAGCGAUACAGCCACAUUUCAUACCCCGUUCCUCGGAUUGGGUUUAUGCGCCGAAGGAGCCUCCAGCUACAAUUUCCCCUUUAUUUUGGGCCGAUCGAUGGCCUCGGAGAUGAUUUUUUUAGGUAGGAAAUUAACUGCCCGAGAGGCUCUACAAGCGGGGCUCGUGUCGAGAAUUGUACCACAAAACGAAUUGCCCCAAUUCAUCGAUGAAUUACACGAGUUAGGUAAUUUAUCGUUGGAGAAUACUAGAAGGAAUAAAAGGAUUAUAAUGAGGCAUUUCGAGGAGGUUUUGAAAAAAGCGAAUAAAAUCGAAAUGGAUGCGUUAAGGGAGUGCGCCGAUUCGGAGGAAUUCUCGCAGAAAGUGAUGAAUUUUUUGCUAAAAAACAAGAGUAAAUUGUGA